AUGAUUAUAGACAUAUAUGCAAGACGAAGGCGUAGAAGAAGUGAAGGAUUUGAAAUAGUUCCUCGUGUACCAAAAUGUGUACCACUCAGAGAUAGCAAUAAUAGAUCAAGUUCAGAUUCAUCAUCUUCAAGUAGUACACAUCGACGAGAUAGAAGAAGAAGGAACAUACGUCCGUAUGUUGAAGAAAAUCUUCAGCUUAUUCAAGGACUUUUAUUACAAGUAAAUUUGAAUAUUGAUAAAUUUGCAAGAUGGUUUACAGAAGAAUUAAAGCAUAAAAUUAUUGCAGGUAUAGGAGCUAUAAACAAAACUAUCUCCGAGCGUCUUAGAAAUGAUAUAAAUGAACUUGAAAAAAGAAUAAUAAAAAUCCUAUGCAAUUAUAGUAAUGAAAUAGGAAGAGAGUUGGUAGAGCUUAUUAGUAAUACAAAUGCAGAUUUUCAAGAUGCUGUUUUACAGCUUUAUAAAAAAUCUAAUGCCUCAAUUGCUAAAGCCAUUACAGAUAUUGCAGAAAAAAAAAUGUUAUCUAAGACUCUUGUGGUUGAUACCUCAGCUGCUAUAGAUCUGAUAAAUAGUGGAUUGCGCGAUUUAAUUGGCGAAAUAGAGCGCUUGUUUAGACGAUUAACAGCUGCAGAAAAAGGGAUAGCCAAUAAAAUCAUUGAGGAUAAACUUCAUAACCAGCUAAAGGAAAUUGAAAAGUUGCUUAAUGAAUUUGAAAAAAGACUGGAAUCUUCUUUUAAAGAAAUUGGUUUGGAAACAGCUGCUAUUGUAUCUCUUAACAUAAAUAACUCGACUAGAAGAUUCAUCGGCUACAUUGACGAGCUCUUUAAAAAAUUGGGACAGAGCAUUAUUUGUGUUUUACAAGGUAAUAGUCAGGAAUUAAGACCACCAGUUAUAGUUAAUCCGUCAUUUCAUCAUAAUGAAUUAUUUACAAAAGAUUAA